GAAGCUUUCUUAACUUAUACAUGCUGUCGACAAGAGCUCCUGUCAGUAUCCAAAUAGCUCACGCCUCCCUAUAAGGACCAUCUCCCCCUAAUGCAGAUUGGAAUCAGGGGUGAGCCUCGAAAAUGCACACUCGCAAUUCGGCCCAACAACUAUACGCCACAGCCAACGACAUCGUCGUGGGUGUGUCAGUACCAACAAACCGCCCCCGAGUGCGCACCUUUUCGCACAAAGUCCGCACGGGAUGCAUUACUUGCAGAAUACGCCGGAAGAAAUGUGAUGAGGAGAAACCGACAUGCCGCCGAUGUAGAGACAGCCGGGUCAAGUGCGACGGAUAUGCGCAAUCGCCAUCUAAGAACAAGAAACCACGUUCGCAGAAGUAUACGCCCGCGGAUACUUCUGCCAACCCAUCCGCCUCAGCAGCAGUCGAGCGCCUUGCCGGCCAGUGUCAGCUGCGCAGUACACUCCCAGCCAUCAGGCUUGAUUUCGACCUCGACGGCAGCGAGUCAGACCGGCUCUUCUUCCACCACUUUCGCGCCAUCACUAUCGUCGAUUUCGUUCGGCUCGCCACUCCCAAAGAUUUCUGGUUCCGGAGAGUGCUCCCCAUGUGCCAUGAUGAGCCCGCCAUACGACACACGGUUGUUGCGCUUGGCGCAGCCCAUCACUUCUAUCUCCAAAGGCACUCAAAUUCUUGUUCAACGGGCACGAACGCGGCCAUGUCUCCUUUCGAGCGUGUUGCCACCCAGCAUUACAACAAAGCCAUCAGAGAGCUGGUGAGCCUCAACGACAUCGCGACACCAAAACCCUGGGAUGCCCAGCUCACGAUUCUGACCUGCUGCUUGCUCUUUGUCUGCCUCGAGAACAUUCUUGGCCGCUUUGACGAAGCGGUCCGUCACAUGCAAGCCGGCGCCCGCCUCUUCGAAGCCUCGAACCUCUCCGCCGCCCCGCAUGAUUCACGAGAACUAAUGCAGGAGAUUGCAACCUUGCUGGCCCGCUUCGCUGUUGACGCAUCCCUCUUCGCCAACGACUACGUAAUCCCCGACCUUACCCCUUAUGCCAUGCCUCUUAUAGAGAUUGAUGAGGGAACACAGCCUUUUUCAAGCCUCACGGAGGCUAGGGACGCCAUUUGGGACCUGGACAUCAGGGCGCCCUAUAUCGACUGUUUACGUGCAAGCGGAGACGGUCCGGUUGGCGAAGAUAGCAGCACACACAAUAAAUUGACAAAACUCGCCGCGCCGUUUGAGCGUUGGAAGACGAAAUUCAACCUUCUCGUCUCAUCCCUGGCCGAAACCCGAGACCUCCCGAAUAGCAUCCAGCGGGAGAUAUUGGUCCUCAUGCUCCGCCGCUGCACGUGGGACAUUUUACUAUUCCAAGGGAACGAAGACAAAAACAAAGAGCUAUGGAAACUUUGUCAUGAGCUAAUCCACCUGGCUGAACGCUUAUACAGCAUUGAGGCUUCUUGGUUGGGUCGGCCUAUGUUCACGCUAGAUAGCGACAGCAUUCCUGCUUUGUUUUUCGUGGCAAUUUCUUGCGGAGACUCUGCCUUGAUGCAGCGCAUCAUCGUCCUUCUACGUCACUCUCGGAGACGGGAAGGCUCUUGGGAUAGCUGGAAAGCGGCAGACAAGGUUGAAAUUGAAAAUCAAAUGCGCGCAGUAUUGUCCAACUAAUGGC